AUGUCGUUCUUGGGUAUUUUAAUCCAGCACUGGUCAACGCCUACUACGAUGAUCCAGAGGGGCAAAGUCGCCUCAAGAAGUGUUAACAAAUGGGAUCCCGAAGUAGAGACGGAAGAAGAGUUUCGGAACCGGGAGGGAAAGCGUCACCACGAUGGCGCCUUUUACCCGGAACCUCCUAAGUUUCUGUGGGGUCUACUUGGAUAA